AUGUCGAAAGAAAAAUUAUUCGCUUCGGAAUCUUUCAUUCCUUUCGUGCAGCACCUGUAUGCACGCUUGAAACCUUCUCAUGAAAAAGCAAAUCUAUUCUUUUCGCCAUUGAGCAUCUACUCUAGUCUUGCCUUGGCUCUGUGUGGAGCAUCUGAGAAAACUCACCACGACAUCGCCUGCAUCCUCAAUGUCGAAACCGCUCAUCUACAAGACCUUGGUGAUAGAAUUUCAGAUAUAAAGACCGGUGACAAGUUGGGCACUCUUAAGCUGGCCAAUGCAAUUUUCUGGGAUGCUGGAUUCGAAGUUGACCCUAACUUCAAGAAGGAUGUUCAAUCAUACUUCAAUGCUGAAGGAAAGCAGGUGAAUUUUGCUUCAAGCCACGAGGAAUCAAGGAAACUCAUUAAUGAAUGGGUUGAAAAGGAAACCGAAAAGAAGAUUAAAGAACUACUGCCAAGUGAUUCAAUUGACAAUAGCACACGACUUGUUUUGGCAAAUGCCAUAUACUUCAAAGGAACUUGGGAGAAGGUGUUUCACCGCGAUGCAACUCACGACGCACCUUUCCACACACUGGAUGGAAAAGAGGUUACUGUGCCAAUGAUGAAGGACAAUGGAGUGUACGAGACAUACGAAUUCAAUGAGAUUAGUGCUACCUGUGUCAAAAUUCCAUUCAAAACCUGCCAUAUGCUAAUCGUUUUGCCCAACGAUAAUAACGGUCUGCCAUCUUUGUUGAAACAUCUUUUGGAUACUCAUCAUCGAAUGGGAGCUGCAUCUAUGUUUGAUCAGAAUAAAGCCAAAUUCGAGCGUAUCACAACGAAGGAAAGGCUUUAUGUUUCAGCGAUGGUGCAUAAAGCUAUGAUCGAGGUGAAUGAAGAGGGAGCCGAGGCAGCUGCAGCCACAGGAAUGUCGAUCAUGCCAAUGUCAAUUGUGCCCUGUAUUAAUGCCGAUCAUCCAUUCCUCUUCUUCAUUGUCACUGACAAUGAAUUCCCAGUAUUUGCGGGUCAUGUGAUGAAUCCAUUGGAAGAAUAAAUCGUCGAAGUCAGUGCAAAAUAUGACCUCGUGAUUUCUGAGAAUAUCACUGCUUCUCACGCAGACCUCGAUACCACCCAAUUUCCUUAUCUUCCUCCUUGGCAACAAAAAUGGAUGAGGUCCUACCCCGAUCCAAAGUUUCCUUCCUGCGUUCCCGCUUCGAUGUCAGAACUGGCAGUAAUUCCAGAAGACAUAUCAAUGUCUGUUCCCCCUCAAGCACACAAACAUGAAUUACCUAUCCACGUUGCAGUGGGCUCCAAGGUGAACUAG